AUGGCUGGAAACCCCUGCCAACCCGGCGGAUUCUAUGAGCACUCCACGCUGUGGACCGACGAAUUGGGAAUUGCGCCUAAGCAGCUGUUGGGCCAUCUCAAUGAAGUUCUUGCUAUUGCGAGGGUUAAUUUCCUCCCCGCCCCGAAGCGGGUAGCGGACAACGUGGUAAAACACUUGAAUACUAUCAGAAAUCUGGAACAAGCACCUGAAGCAGAGAAAGUUGCCCGUGCUUCCCUUUACCAAGAAUUGGAGGAGAGAGUUGCUGCUGCAAGUGCCGCAGAUGAAGCAAUGGCCAUGAUAUUGCUGUUGCAAGAAGAGAACGCAUCAUUGAAGAUGGAGCUUAGGCAGAGUCAUACGAUGGUGGAAGAAACGUUUUCCUGUGAUGAAGAGGAGAUGAACGUGCUGCAGGAGAUCCUUAUCAGACGGGAGAGGCAUAUCUCCUUUCCUUGA